AUGCGUCCGAGUCUUCUCUAUGCGCCCAUGCUUAUCGCCCUGCCUGGCGCUCUUGCCCGUGUCAUGAUCAGCUUCUCGUCAACAUCCGAGGAUGCCUCCCUCUCGAUCUUUGGUGUCAAUGGCCCGCGCACCUCCCUGCACUUCUACACCACCGGUGACCACGAGAACCCAUAUGUGCUCACAAGUGCCGACCAAGAUGCCGUAGGCAUGGACACUCGACUCGGCUUGAAGCCAGGGCACGCAGCCUUCACGCACACAUCGGACGGGAAGCAUGUCAACUGCCACAUCGAAGGUAUCCCGGCCGGGGACCUCGACGCAGACGAAGACUUCUCCUUCAUGGGCCGCGGUGAGUAUCAUACGUGGUGGACGCUUGCGAGCUUGUCGGAUGAGGCCACGCAAGUAUGUAGAGACAAGGGCGGUAUGAAGCUGGUCUGUGAGGUGUUUGACGACAAAGAUCAGCGCGUUCCCGGCGUCCAGCAGGCGUGUACGUAG